GAGUUGGUGGAUGUCGCUGCUGAUGUCACACCUCCCAGACAGCCACGAUUGGACCCUAAUUAGAAAGCUCGGCAGCAAAUAGAUAGGCGUCCUGCAUGAUUGGAUUCAAAGUGGCUGAUGCCAAAAUUUCUGCAGAGGCGCGGAGAACUGCCGGAGAGGAGAGCAGGCAGCGGAGCGAGCGCGCCGGGAUCCGAGCUGCUGAGAGCCGCCGUGCUGCGCUGCGAACAGUCUGUCUGUGUGUGUGUGUGUGUGUGUGUGUGUGUGUGUGUGUGUGUGUGUGUGUGUGUGUGUGUGAAAGAGAGAGAGAGAGAGCUGCAGGAGAGCCGGAGUUUAGGAGGUGAUAUAAGAACAGCGAGACGCGCUCCCCUCCUGCUCUGGAGUCAUAAAAAAGGAGGGAGAGCUGAAAAUAUAGUCCGAGUCUACGUCAAACCCGAGGACGCUGCGCUGUCAGAGAGCAGCGGAGGCUGAAGCCGAGACAAGUACAAAGAGGAGUCGAUCCGCCGAGUCCGUUAAGUUAUUCCGCGCUGCGCUCCACACGCCGCGCUCAUGGCAUCCGUACUUGGAAACAGCAGCCGCGCGUCCGGGGCUCAGAGCGGACAGGUGAAGUGUAAGCUGAAGAGGAGGAGGAGGAGGCGAUCCAAGAGAAAAGAGAAAGUCAGUAUGCUGUCAGCAUUGAUCGCUCCUUUCAAGUACAUCAGCCCGGGGACCAGCAGCACAGAGGACGAGGACAGUUUAAGUACGAGCAGCGCAGAGGUAAAGGAGAACCGUAACAUCGGGAACUUAGAGGAUCGCUCUGCUGAGUCUCUCUUCUGCUCCGACUCAGCGAGAGGCGGGAGCUCCGGUCUGAAGAGGAAGCGGCCGCUGGAGGAGGACAAAAAUGGCCACAUGUGUCAGCUCCGCCGAAUCUACAAGAAGCUGUCGUGGUCCGAGGCUCCGAAGAACGCGUUGGUGCAGCUGAACGAGCUGCGGCCCGGCCUGCAGUACCGCGUGGUGUCUCAGACCGGCCCGGUCCACGCCCCCGUCUUCUCCAUCGCCGUGGAGGUCAACGGGCUGACCUUCGAGGGAAUCGGUCCCACAAAGAAGAAGGCCAAGAUGAGGGCCGCAGAGUUCGCACUCAAGUCCUUCAUCCAGUUCCCCAACGCCCCUCAGGCCCACCUGGCGAUGGGGAACAUCUCAAACCCCUCAGCAGACUUCACCUCGGACCAGGCCGACUUCCCCGACACGCUCUUUAAAGAGUUUGAGUCGUCGCCGUGCUCAGACGGUUUCUCGCUCUGCGGCUCGGCUGCGGAGAGCGAGCUGCUGUCCAGUGAGCUGCUGAGACACGGGCGGCUGCUCCGUCACACUCUGGACCUGAUGGUGCAGGCUCAGCAGAGACUGGGGGGGAUCGUUCCAGAGCCAGAGGCCCCUAAGAGCCCCGUGGCUUUGUUGAAUGAGCUCCGGCCGGGCCUGCGGUACGCCUGCCUGUCGGAGCGAGCUGAGGGCCGGCGGCUGCGUAGUUUUGUGAUGGCGGUGCGCGUGGACGGGCGGAUAUUCGAGGGCAGCGGUCGCAGCAAGAAGCUGGCAAAGAACCAGGCGGCCCAGUGCGCUCUGCAGGCCCUGUUCAAUAUCAGGACAGCCCCCGAGGGCCCGACAGGCCUCAAAGCCAGCAGGAAGAGCUGUCCUCAUUUACCCCAGGACUUUGCCGAUUCAAUAUUCCACUUGGUGAGGGAGAAGUACCGGUCGCUGGUGGGCGGCUGCAGUCCUGCGCACGCCCGGCACAAAUCCCUGGCAGGCAUCGUAAUGACCCGAGGUCUGGACCUGAGGCACGCCCAGGUGGUGGCGUUAUCCACGGGAACAAAGUGUAUCAACGGGGAGUACCUGAGCGACCAGGGUCAGGUGGUCAACGACUGUCACGCUGAAGUCACGGCCCGCAGAGCGCUGCUUCGAUUCCUCUACUCUCAACUGGAACUCUACUUAAGUAAAAGGCCGGAGGACUGGGAGGAGUCGAUAUUCGUGCGACACAAGGAGUGCGGCUUCAGGUUGAGAGACAACGUCCAUUUCCACAUGUACAUGAGCACGUCGCCGUGUGGGGACGGGAGGCUCAACUCACCCUAUGAAAUCUCCACGGACCUCCACAGCAGCAGACACCUCAUGAGGAAGCACCGCAGCCACCUGCGGACCAAAAUUGAGUCAGGAGAGGGGACGGUACCCGUGAGAUGUCGAGGGGCGGUCCAGACAUGGGACGGCGUUUUACAGGGCGAGCAGCUCAUCACCAUGUCCUGCACCGACAAGAUCACCAGGUGGAACAUCCUGGGCCUUCAGGGGGCGCUGCUAAGCCACUUCGUGGAGCCGGUGUACCUGCACAGCGUGACCGUGGGCAGCCUCCGUCACACAGGACAUCUGAACAGAGUUCUGAACCAGCGGCUGGAGCGGCCGGGCCCGCUGCCCCCCACACACAGACGUAACCAGCCCCUGCUCAGCGGUUUGAGUAACGCAGAGUUCCAGCAGUCGGGGAAGGCCUCGUGCGUGAGCGUGAACUGGACGCUGGGCGACGCACAGCUGGAGGUGGUGAACACGGCGACAGGACGGAGACGGGACUCGGGUACGCCCUCGCGUCUCUGCAAACACAUGCUGUUCACCCGCUGGAGCAGACUGAACCGCAAGCUGGGGGUCCACGUGUCGGACUCGCCGGAUAGACAGCUCAUGUACUGCGAGGCCAAGAUGGCGGCUCGUCCGUACCAGACAGUGAAGCAGCAGUGGUUCAGAGCUCUGCAGGAAACGGGCCUCGGCACCUGGGUCAAGAAACCACCAGAGCAGGAGCAGUUCCUGCUGUCCGUCUGAGGAAGAGUGUGUGUGUGUGUGUGUGUGUGUGUGUGUGAGUGUGAGUGAGCAAGUGUGUGAGAUAAAGAGAGCGUGUGUGUGUUUAACCUUUAUUUUUUUAGGAUAUGACUCCAUGCUCAUCCUGCUUCACACCUCAACGUUUUGUAGUGCAACCUUUAAACUCAAGACCAUCACCACCGUGUGUGUGUGUGCGUCCGUGUGCAGCGCUGCACCCGACUCAGAAGUUCGUCAGUUGAAUCAGAUUUGGACGUUCAGAAGAAGCUUUGACUCCGUAUGAGCCGACCUGAGUGACCUCCAUG